CGCGUCACAAUGCUUUCUCAGAAGGUUGCCCAGCAGUCGCUGCGACGGCUCGCCGUCCAGCAGCCCUACGCCCUGCGCUGGUCCUUGAUGAACUCCGUCUCGCCUGCCGCCGUUGCUCUCGGAAGAAAUGUUCAGAUGAGACAAGCUACCACCAGCACGACCACCUCCGACCCCAACAAGCUCCUUGCUGAGCAGCGUCUGCGCCGCCCCGUCGCUCCCCACCUUUCCAUCUACAAGCCCCAGAUCACCUGGAUCGGCAGUAGUUUGCACCGUAUCACCGGUAUCGCCCUGUCCGGCAGUCUAUACCUCUAUGCGACUGCCUACCUCGCUUCUCCCAUGCUCGGCUGGGACCUCGGCUCUGCCUCCGCCGUUGCCGCUUUCGGUGCCCUCCCCGUCCUCGCCAAGGUCCUCCUCAAGGCUACCAUGGCCAUGCCUUUCACCUACCACUGCAUGAACGGUGUUCGUCACUUGAUCUGGGAUACCGGUCGCGGUCUCACCAACCCCCAGGUCAUCAAGACCGGCUGGACUGUGGUUGGCCUGAGUACGAUUAGCGCUCUGAUUCUUGCUUUGCUGUGA